GGUCCCGUGAGCGGCGGUGGGGGGGGAACCGGGACACGGCGGGACACUCCGGGACACUCCGGGACACUCCGCCCGGAUAAACUGGGACACACUCCCGGCCCGCCCCCCGCGCCACCGCCGCCCGACUCACCGGCGGCCACAGCGGCACCGCCCCCGGCCGGCCCCGACCCGCCGCAGGCACCGGGGGCCGCCCCGGCACAGCCCCCCCCGAGCCGCCCAGCGCCGCCGCAGGUGUGUGAUGCCCAGCACAGCCAUGAAGAAGAAGGUGCUGCUGAUGGGUAAAAGUGGGUCUGGGAAGACCAGCAUGAGAUCUAUUAUCUUUGCCAACUACAUCGCCCGGGACACGCGGCGCCUGGGGGCCACCAUUGAUGUGGAGCAUUCCCAUGUCAGAUUCCUGGGGAACCUGGUGUUAAACCUGUGGGACUGUGGAGGGCAGGACACCUUCAUGGAGAACUACUUCACCAGCCAGAGGGACAACAUCUUCCGCAACGUGGAGGUUCUCAUCUACGUGUUCGACGUGGAGAGCCGGGAGCUGGAGAAGGACAUGCACUACUACCAGUCCUGCCUGGAGGCCAUUCUGCAGAACUCCCCUGAUGCCAAGAUCUUCUGCCUGGUGCACAAGAUGGACUUGGUGCAGGAGGACCAGCGGGAUUUGAUUUUUAAGGAGCGUGAAGAGGACUUGAAACGCCUCUCCCGGCCCUUGGAAUGUGUUUGUUUUAGAACCUCCAUCUGGGAUGAAACCCUUUACAAGGCCUGGUCCAGCAUCGUGUACCAGCUGAUCCCCAACGUGCAGCAGCUGGAGAUGAACCUGAGGAACUUUGCUCAGAUCAUCGAGGCAGAUGAAGUGCUGCUGUUUGAGAGAGCCACCUUCCUGGUCAUUUCUCACUAUCAGUGCAAAGAGCAGAGGGACGUCCACAGGUUUGAGAAAAUCAGCAACAUCAUCAAACAAUUCAAGCUGAGCUGCAGUAAGCUGGCAGCCUCUUUCCAGAGCAUGGAGGUCAGGAACUCUAACUUUGCUGCUUUCAUUGACAUCUUUACAUCCAACACAUACGUGAUGGUGGUUAUGUCAGACCCUUCCAUACCUUCCGCGGCCACGCUGAUCAACAUCCGCAACGCCAGGAAACACUUUGAGAAGCUGGAGAGGGUGGAUGGCCCAAAGCACAGCCUGCUCAUGCGCUGAUCCCAGGCUUUGGGGGCAGCAAGCAUGGAUUUGGGACUACUUUUUAGGAGAAUCUAACACUGUCGAUGUCUUUGUUGGGCUUUAUGAGUGUGCUGCUUUGUUUUCUCUCCUUUUCACGUCGGACACUAGAGGCUCAGAGGAUGUCUGGAUACACUGCGGACCUUCAGAGACUUCCCUGGCACCCCCUGGGCUUGGGGAGGAGGCAGGACAGGUGAUAUGCCCGUGGGCUGGUGCUCUCAGGUGGAUGUUUUGCUGCCAGGAGGACAUUUUAAGUUCCAGGAAUAUGGGAUAUUUAGUGGUUUCUCGGUUGGUUGCUUGAAUAAGUUUCUGAAUUUCUCCUUGUCUUCGAUCAUAAAAUUAAAUUUUUGCUACCAGGGAUUUCAGAUCCUACA